CUGAAAUUUCCGUCGAGAGGGCCGUCGUCCAUUCGGGCGAAGGUUUCGAAGCGCAACUCGUCUGCAUUGUUCAUGGUGAAAGUCAACCCGAGGUGCUAUGGUACCGAGAUACGAUGCAACUGGACACGACCGAAAGAAGAAUUAUGGAAUCUCGUGGCUCACGUCACACGCUGGUCAUCCGCAAAGUCCAUCGGUCCGAUUUUGGCAACUACACCUGCGUCGCCGACAACCAACUGGGCAAAACAAGGAAGAGCGUCCAACUGACAGGUAAACCGAACCCGGCGAAAUUCAGCAGCGCAUCCAGAGGACAAUGGCGAGAUAGCUACAACAUAACCUGGGCCGUCGAAUCUCUGAGUCCCAUUGAGGAGUUCAAGCUGCUGUAUCGCAGACUGCCGGAGGUGAGCGGAAACGGAGAGGAUGGCCACCCGAGGCCUUUGCAGCAUCAGUCUUCUAAAAGAGAGAACAGAACCUUCGCUUCAACGGGCUACUACAACAUGGGCUACGGACGGCAGUACAUCGACCGGCGAUCCGAUUGGAGGGACGUGAUUUUGCCGGCGAUGCCGAUACAGGCGCCCGGAUUGCAGACGAUGAGCUACGUCAUUCGGGCUUUGGAGCCGGCGCAGAUCUACGAGGCCAAGGUACAGUCGCGGAAUAAAUACGGAUGGAGUCCGAUCUCCGAGGCGUUCACGUUCCAAACCACCGACUCAGCAGAUCUCGCGUUCCCCGACAGGCCGCAAACUCCUCGUCACGUUUACAACGAUAACGAAGUUCGAGACUUGGGAAUCCGAAUCUUCUCGUUGAGCGCCACCUGGAGGCCAAUCAGCUUUCUUCUUAUAUCAUGUACCAUUCUAGACACUUUAAUAUAAUUACUAAGUUAACGCUCACUUAUUGUUUAAGUACCUUUUUUUUCUAUACAAUUAGAAUCACUGAUUGGACAUUACACCAAACGAAGGUGCUUUACAUUUUACAGUUUCUUCACGAAACUCCAAAAGGUAGAGUUUUCACCUAUUUUGCUGUUAAAUGUGCACUUACUCUAUUGUAUUAUUAUUAAGAAUAAUUUAUAGUUUCGGCUAUCUACUGGUGUAGUUUGUUCGCAUAGCGCCACCAAUCUCUCAUGGUAACUCUACCAGUUGAUGGUUAAAUUGUUUCAUAGAUUAGAUAGUUUAUUUAUCAACCCCUUGUGCGACAACUUCGGCUCUUUGCCGAGCGAAGGUGUUUUUAUAAGGUGUAGUUCUUAUAUGUUUGUUGGAACACCGCUUUUAUUGUUGUUUAUUUCAUUUUGGGAAAUUUCUACGCUUAUGUAAGGAAGGCGGCGAGGCAUGCGGUGUUUUAACAUUCGUAUUAAAUGGUUAAGUUUCUGUAAGAGGGUCCAAAUAGCCUAAUACCUAUUACUCGGUUCGCUUUUGCUUUAUGAUGACUAAAUAAUUCUUUCUUCUAGUACUUGUUCGUAUAUAAUUGUUACUGUAGACUAUUACGUUCCCUUCAAGUUCAUUAUACGAGUACGUUGUGAAAAAUUCCCAUAAAUGUUAAACCUGCCAUUAAUACGUACGGAUGCUAUUUUUGGAUGUAAAUAAACUCUAGCCUAGAAAGCUUUCAAUUUCUACUUAAUCUGUAAUGCAGUAUUAAUUAUUGUAAAUAUAUGUAAGUGUAUCUUAAGAUGAAAGGUGUGGUGUAAAAGAGGCUUAAAUUUCAUAUUCGUUAAGGCAAAACGUGGUCGCGCGAAUGAAAGGGUAAAUUCUUAAAUGUGUAAUUAGGAGAAAGUAUUUUUGUUAUGUAAAGUAAGCAGCUUUUAAGUGUCGUGAUAUAUAUUUGAUAAUCAGUUGUUUGAGAUCACCUUUGCACAAAAUACUUUUAAGUGCAAGUACCUAUUCGACAAGAAUCCAUAAGCAAAAAAAAAAUGAUUCACUAACAGUUAAUGUUUAUUAAAAUACAAAUUUGCCCGUCAGAAAUGCUGGGCGGCUUUGUAAUGCAUGUUGAAACUCAUAAAUGUGCUAUUUACUUCAAUUGUUAAGAUGAUGCGAGGAGGGCUGUAAAUGAGAAAAAUAAACGGAAUUGCUGCUAGUGGAUAACUAAGCGGGUCAAACCGAGCUGGAAAUUAAAUUUUGAAUUGUAUGUUAAACAUGGGACUGAGAAUAAUAUUAAUA